AUGAAUCGGGAAACAAUUAACGCGGAGAAGUAUUCGCUACUUCAAUUAAAGGCAUGGUGCGCGGCAGUUGGCCUCAACGCUAGUGGAGCAAAAGCGUCGCUGGCUGCACGACUUAGCGAGCUGUCGGCAGAAGCAAGGGGCUUGUGUCCAGGAGCCGUUGACGUGCCUGGAGGUGAUAGUGUGCCAGAAAAACGCGGCGCCAAAGCAACGGUGCCACCAAAUGUUGAUGGAGGCGAUGGUACAGCCAAAGAAAAAAAUAACGGCGAUGGACCAACCAACGGCAACGACGCGAAUAACGGCGGGGGAACAACCAGUGACAAAGGUGCGAAUAACGGCGAUGGUGAGCGUGGCAACGAUGGAGCGAAUAACGACGAUGAUGGCGAUUUUACGAAUGAUAGCAACGGGGCGAAUAACGAUGGUGUGAAUAAUAACAAUUGUGCGUAUAACAACGAUGGUGCGUAUGACAACGAUGGUGCGUACAACAACGAUGGUGCGUAUGGUAACGAUGGUGCGAAUAGAGGCAGCGGCGAAGAGCGGCGCGAAUUUUCACAAGAAAUUGUGAGCGUGACAAACGAGCUAGGGUGCGGCCCAGAUAACACGCGCGAAUUCGAUGGCACGAGAAUAAGUCUACUAGAAAAAGAGAUAGAGUUGCUUAAACUGAAAUUAGAGCUACAGCAGGGCGGAGCGAAAUUGAGGGUCGCAGCAGACAACGCUAAGCCUGGGUUGGAGACUAUGAAAGAGCUAAUGCCCGACUAUGAUGGAAGCGAGGAUUUUGAGAUGUGGCGGUCUCAGUUGCUUCAUUUUCAGCGAGUCUUGCAAGUCAGCGACGAAGCGUUAAGUUUAGUCGUACGACUCAAAAUGAAAGGCGAAGCCCUAAUGUGGUACAACUCUAACAAGAUGUUCAUGCGCACUGUUGGCGAAAUCCUCGCAGAUAUGGAGGUCGUAUUCGGAAAGAAGGAUAACAUACUGAAUGCACGUAGAAAGUUCGAAAGGCGAAUUUGGAAGUUUGGCGAGCAGUUCGGUAGCUACGCUAACGAGAAACGGCUGUUGAGCGCUGGGCUCAACCUAUGCGAGGAAGAAUUUGUUGAAUACCUCGUAGACGGCAUUCCUAAUAAACAAUUGCAGAUACAAGCCAAGCUUCAGAAUUUUAAAAGUGCUGGUGAGGUGACCAGAGCAUUCCGGACUGUCGAGUUGCCGCGACGAGUCGCACCAAAAACAAAUAUACAAAGUGGUCAAGAGCGGCUAAGGUGCUACAACUGCAAUUGCUCCGGCCACGUCGCAAAAGAGUGAAGCAAGCCUAAGCGCGAAUACGGGACGUGCUUUGCAUGCGGCGAACACGGACAUUUUGCGGCGAGUUGCAAAAACUACAAGAAGUCGACGUCCAGUAGCAAUUUUAUUCGGGGAGCCCAAUAAGUCUUGUAAAGAAGAGCCUUGUACCGGGAAGAGUGAAGCUACAAGAUGAAAGAAAUUCAUACUAUGGUCUCAAUAAGUCAAAACUAUUAAUUUUUGGGAAAAUAUUUUGUUACGUCAAAGUGCUCAAUAAAAGUGUGUUGAUUGAACUUAGAGUAGUUCCAGACGAAUUGAUUAGUUAUUCAGUUAUUUUAGGCAGAAAUUUUAUUC